GAUUUUUGCGGUACCAUCGAAUAUUCCUGUACUGUCACAACACGGCUUUGAUGACCCAGCAUCAGAUAUGGCCUCCUCCUUCUAUGGAAUGCGCUCACGAUGUCCAAGCGAAUUCCGAUUUUUGGGAUGAUUCGGACCUGGUUGCGCACUAUGAUCGCGUCGACACAUUCGUUAAGCAAAAACUACAUUGUUUGACCGCCAAGGAUUGCACAAAUGGAUUGCUCAGUCGCUCAACUCCUCCACGUCAGUUUCCAGAGCCCCCACGAGCUCCCACUCAUUUGCAAUUCGAUCAACCUACUGCCGAAUUUCACAGCGUCAGUCGAAAGUCAACUCCCGCGCAUGUGAAGACACCAAUUUCCUUUGUUAAUCACCCAUCCGAUAGCCUCGAAGCUGCACUGCAAUCACAUCGCCCUCCAUCUACUAUUGCUUGUGACUUCGAGUGGUUACCUCCACUUAUUUGCCCUCCCGACCUGUUCAGUUGCAUAUGUGCUCCGGAGUAA